AUGUUGUCGUAUCUCUACCGAUUUUUCUCAGCAGCACUAGCUGCGUUGCGAUAUUUCGGUUGUCUCGGUUACCACGCAUUUGGCCUCUUGUCUCGCAUCUUCCCGCCAUUUUUAGGAUAUCAUCCGUCUAAAUCUGAAAAGCCUAACGAUCUUGAGGCUAAUGGUAUGGUCGGUGCUGCAUCGAACUGCGACACAUACACCAUGCGGCUGCACCCUCAACGUGACUUGAAAUUAAUCGGAGUUGGGGCUUCUGCUCAGGUCUACGAAGUUGAUGACCAGAUAGUUCUCAAGACUUCUUGGGUUUUCGAACAACCUGGGAGUAGUGCCCAUGGCAACGAUCGAUGGCACUACGCCUCAGACACCCUCUUUCAGUCCAAUUUGUUACAAAACGAACGAAUUGUACUACGAUUGUUUCAACGACGGCCACACCCUCAUAUUAUAGAAGCCAUCGAUGCUGAUCAACCCGAGGGAAUUUAUCUCCGCAGAUAUCACUCGUUGUCUGAGGAUAAAAUUCCCGCUCAGCUUCAUCGGAUUCGCUGGUACCGCGAUCUUACCGACGCACUUUGCCAUAUCCACAGUUUUAGCAUAGCCCAUGCAGAUGUGCGGAUCGAUAAUGUCCUCUUUGAUGAACAUGAUCGUGCUAUUCUUUGCGAUUUUAGCGCCGCCAGCCCUCUUGGUCAGCCAAAUCCCGUUUUCCCGGAUCUUCCACUUCCAAUCAACGGUAACUCGCCGACUUUAUCUGAGGCGACGGAUAUGUUUGCAAUGGGGUCGCUUAUUUUUCAGGUGGAGCAUGGAGCCAAGCCUGAGCUGUCUGUUAACAGUCAUGGUACAUUGGUUUUGCCCAAAAUACGAACCGAUCAUCAAAUACUUGAUACGAUCAUUCGAAAAGCCUGGCUCGGGGACUAUAGCCGCACCUCAGAGAUGCUAGAACACCUUAAUUCUAUUGAUACGAACGGUGCUCGCUGUGCUCAUGGUAUCCAACAUGGUCCGGGAUCAACGGAGUCGUUGAGAGGUCGGAUCAGAAAAUGGAGGGAGUGCCGUGAGAAUAAGUUUGGUAAGGGUUAA